UUCAAUUUUGUUGGGUAAUCUUCAAUUUGGCAUUGGCAUUACGGCAUUUAGCAACAAAAUUUUGUUUGUCUAGAAGAGAACUGAGUUUUCGUUUUUUCGCAAGUGAGUUGUAAUGACUUAAAAAAAAUACGAAAAAACAAAACCAAACCGUUCUGCUAUCCAAAUUAACACCCAGAAAUCCAUCCCAUCAACUUUUAAUCAAAUUUUUCCACAAAGAACUCAAAUAGAAAAAAGAAAAAGGUUCUGGAACAAAUUUUUACUAUUCAGUCCAGUGAAAUUAGUGCCCUUUGACUUUGAUGACUCAAACAAAGCUGUACAAAGCAGUGAAGAAGACCACGAGGUCGUAAGACGUGUCUACAGGGGAUCAUAAACUACAUAACAUCCUACAGUCUCCCCCUCAAGUUUUUCGGGAAAAGGUUGAUGUCUUCGGAGUAUGCAAAAGGAGUGAGCCUAAAAAGACCGACCCCAUAUAAAAUUUUCUUUCACAGGAGUAACACCAUGCAGCCUCUCAGAAAGUCUUUCUCAGCUUUUUCUCACCAAUCUCAGAUUCCAUCGGCCACGUUGUCCAUGGAAGUGAGCUACAUAUUCCAUUCGCAUCUGAUCGGCAGGGCUGGGAAGAAUAUCAACCGUGUGAUGGAGGACACCGGAACGCGCAUACAUUUCCCUGAUUGCAAUCGCAUUGCCGGUGAAUUCAAAAGGAAUAGCGUCGUCGUUCGUGGUCCGAUUGCUAAUCUCGAAAAUGCUCGUCAACGUAUUCGUGCGGAUAUCCCGGUAGAGUUUAUCGUCGAUUGCAACAUGGAACGAGUAAAUUCAAUCGGCGAAUCUUCGCUAAGUGAUUAUUUUUCCAAGACAUUUGGUGUCUUGAUGCGUUUCUAUCCAAAGAUUGAUGGCGUCAGUUGCCAGGUCAAUAUCCGUGGGCAACAAGAUCGUCUUCAACUUCUCAAAGACGCUGUCACGUAUUUUGGACGUGUAACUCAUACGCCUGUGGAUUCGGUGGUGAUGAAAGUGGAAACAUCGUUCGAUCACGUAUGGAUUGCUCGGGACCACAUUGACAAAAUCAUCACAGCCACAGGUGCCGGAAUUCGUUGCCCGGAUGUUUCUGUCCUGAAGGAACUACCUAAAAAAUAUUGCGUUUGGAUUCGUGGGUCUAUGGAUCAAGUUUACAUGGCCAGUUCUAUGCUAAAUGGACUGCUGCCGAUGCAGUUAAUGGUUCAAGUUCCUUCAGAUCGCUUCAACCGCCAUCUUUUAGGUAGAGCGCAAAAUAUGGACGUAAUGUUUCACGUGGAACUCUCCACUUCAGAUAUUCUGACCAUAAGACUCACCUCGUAUGAAUGGAACACACGAAAUUUGUUUGAUGUUCUCAAGUGUUGUCUGGAGUUGCCCAACAAUGUGGCCGCUGUCAUCCCAAGUUUAUCUCCUACUUGGUUGGCUCUUGCGGAUAUUACCCAGCACAGUUCUUUCCUUCAAGCCUCCCAAAAGCUGUUAAGUUUAAUGUCUUCCUCGAAUAACGGCAAUGUUCCUCAGCAAUCGAGUACGAUCGCGAUGAAUGUUCCACGAUCUGUCGACACUUCCAGCCCGGAUUCUAGCACUACAAACUCUUCACCCCGUUAUGCAAACGAGUCCUCCAUACCAGCAUCACUGGCAGCCUCUCGAUUCGACCAGAAUUCCUCGCGUCAUUUAUCACAGUUUUUGGAGGCAAUUGGUUUGUCCCAUUAUUCAGAUCUAUUUAUUCAAAACGAAAUCGAUCUGGCGAUGUUUACCACUUUGAAAGACGAGGAUUUACUCAGCAUAGGAAUCCGUUCGUUCGGUGCGAGAAAAAUGAUGCUGAAUGCUGUUCAAGAAUUACGCCGUUGAUAUUUUCACAAGGUUCUUGUAAUCGCGUUGACUCCUGUUAAUUAAUGUCCGUAUAUGCGCUAACUUACCUUUAAACUAUUGAUUUUUUCUUAUUAGUUUUUUUGUGUUCUAUUAAUUUUGAUGUGUUGGAUGACUGGAUGAUCAAACAUUUUGUUAAAUUUUACUUUAUCUUAUUUUACUUUAUCCUUUGUAUGUAUUCGGGCAUUUUACUUAUUUUCAUUAUACACCUAUGACAAUCGA